AUGGACGAAACAUAUUCGUUUCGAUGGGAAUCAUAUUGCUGUUUCUGUCUCUUUGGCUUCAUUGAUGGGGAGAAGGUACUCAGACCUUCUCACCCAUCCGAAGCAAAUCCCGAUGGUACGACAAGCCUACCAGUGCUAUUUGAUUACAAAACACCGGUUUUCAACCCAGACAAUCACCAAUGCAUUCCGCCGCGCCACUGGAGACGAUAUAAGCAUGUCCUUCCCGCAUCGCAUCUGUCUUGUAACCAAAAUUGGUCAUUUGUCUCCAUGAGGCGAUUAUGGGAACUGGUCUACUACGAGUUUCAGCCGCCGCUCUCUGAUGUGAAUCGAAGAAUAUCCAUCUUGGCUAAUGCAGCAGCCAGUGUGACCAUACCCGAUCUUCAAACACAAGCCAGGUUACGCGUGGAGACCUUUCUCUCGUCGCAGACAACUCCUAUGUCAUUCCAAAGCAACAGAGAUGGUCGUAUGCUUUUCAUCGUCGACGUUUCCCAACCUAUUUGGAGGACAACUGUGGCGUUUGAUGGCAUUCAAUACCUGAAUUGUCUGUCGAACAAGCAGAAUGGCAAAAACUCUCGUCCGAUAAAAACACAAGGGGGAGAUAUUGUUAACAUCUACUUUGCCUCGAAUCAUCUCGGAGUGGUAGCAAUAUACUUUUCCAGAUAUGGAAUGUCAAAACAGGACUGGCCUGGUGUUUGGUGGAGUCGCCUCACACUGAGCAAAACGCAUCACUUGCUCAGAGCAUACACCGAUUGCUUGGACUGCAGCAAGCCUGGAAUUACUGGCUAUUCAGCGUGUAUGGUCGAUGGGGAUCUUGUAGAUCUGCACUGCCACAUUGAAGGCGAGGAUCUUACGUUCUAUCAAGAGGGUGGCGGUGAUAGACUGCAUGCAGUUUGGCUGUACUUCCCCGUCCAACAAGGCGAGCGAAUCUUUGAAGUUUGGCGACGGCGGAAAAGACCUCACUUUUGUCGAGAUAUCCCCAUGUUACGAACGAAUAAAGGACGUGUCUUUGUUUUAGGCACACAUAUCAGCCAACAUGAUAUUGUCGUCAAAUACGACUACAUCACCUCAUUCCCAGCGGAAAAGCACGCUCGUUUCUGGUUCGGCUACCGCGAAGGCUGCGUCGAUUAUCUUGCGUUCGACACUAAAGAUAAACGUCUCGAAAACGACCCGAUCGUACGAUUGGAAGGCUCCUCUGCGUUGUGUUCUUCAGGCUUAUCGAACCAAAGAUUCGCUACAUCUGCGACGCUGAAAGAUGUAGUCGAGGUUGUGCCAUGUAGAUCAUGGGCGCCUGGAUCAACAGGCAUCGUCGGGCUUUUGUUGACGUACUCUGAUGGCCAUCGUGAAACGGUAGGGCAGGUCGUGCCAACAGGGGAUAUGUGGUUAGGGAUCAGGUUGCUUCCUAAUGGGACGGGCGCGGUCGUCGAAGCAUUGAGAUUGAUACCGUCGAAUGGCAUGACAGUUCAUGGCGGAAACACAUGUGAGGCUGGGCUCCGAUGGCGCCGCGUUGAAUGGAAAGGUCGUCUGGAUUGGUUAUUUUGGUAUGGGCGAUGCAUUAUUAGCUGGCAUGCGCAGGCUAUUCCUGUUGGCCAUAUCAAUACAGUACUGGAGGCACAAGGAAGGAGGGGAUGGGAGACACCAACACCGACACCAGUUAUAGACAUCUCUACAUAG